AAGAGUGCCAUCCAUCAUCUGACCAGGGGAUUAGAUUGUAACUUGACAGAUCAGGCACAGACUCCCCAAGGAGUUAAAAUUGAUCGCCUAUCAGCAGCUCAAAUCGGCAUAAAGCCAAUUUUGGUGACCCGUAUUUAAAAUAGCGAUGCUAAAUACAUAAAUACAAGCCAAGCCCAUUUAGUCCGUGCUAGAUUGUUUGCUGUAAUACGAUCUUCCCGGGUUUGAAAAUCCUCUCCGAAACUCUUUAGUGGGCAGAAGUUCCGGUUUGGAACGGCUCUUACAUUAGUGACGCUUGAAUUUGUGUGCACAGGCUCACAGGACUGCACAGAAAAUCGCUUUAAUCACUACAAUUCCCCAAACCUUUCCUCGUUUUUUCCCGAUGUCAGUGUGAAUUUACAACUAUUUUAAACACCAUCUAAUGUGUUUCUGAGUGGGUUCACGGCGCUACCCAGCAACGCCUGUCACAAGGGGAAUCUUAUGUUGUGCUUGCCUCAGAAACCAAGGUGUGGAAUUCAUUCAAGAGGGAGGAGCGCCCUGUGUUUACUUCGAGCUUGGGAGACGUAACAGUACUCACGGUGCAGACUUAAAGAGAAAAUAUAUUUAUUGAUAUGAAUGCUUCGUCACACAGUCUGGUCAUAUAGACACAGGAAUCCGACAGUGGUUCAGAACUGAUUUGGCGAAACUCCGAAUUUUAAUUAGAGCCUGUUCGCCAAUUUACAGCUCUGUGCUGAUGAAUCGAGAGUCCUUCUGAUACGUGAGCUAGCGUUUAAACCUUUCUCCUUUUCUCUCUCGCUCCAUCUUCUGCUGGGUGUGCAGACAUCUCGUCAGUGUGCUACAUUCCCCACAUAGUACUUUAGCCAUGGAGUCCCCACCUCCAGAUCUGCCGGCUUCCUCCACAAACCAGGCGACCACUGAACAUCAGAGCGUCCAGCAUCCCUCGAUUUCUGGUCAGCAGAAAGAACGGUUCAAGAUGGACAAAGACAACGAAAUGCGAAUCAGUGAAAGUGCGCAGUUCGGUGAUAUGGUGGAGAACAGAGGUUUAUUGGAAAGCAGUCAAAAGCUGAAACCCCACGAAGCCCAGAUCUACCGCAAGAAGGCGUUGUGGGUAUCCUGGAUAUCCAUUAUCAUCACUUUGUCCCUGGCUGUGGUAGCCUUCACUGUUUCCAUCAUGCGACACAGUGCAUCUUCCUUUGGAUUUGCUUUUGAUGCCACGUUGGAUGUAUUAUCUUCUGCAAUAGUGCUGUGGCGUUACAGCAAUGCAGCCGCUGUGCACUCUGCCCAUCGAGAGAAUAUAGCUUGUGCCAUCUUGGGUGUUAUAUUUCUUGUGUCAACCUUCUGCAUUUAUGGUAAAGCCAUUCAUGACCUUGCUACGAAGCUACUUCCUGAAGUGGAUGAUUUCCUUUUUAGUGUUUCCAUCAUUAGUGGAAUACUCUGCACUAUUUUGGCUGUGGUCAAGUUUAUGCUUGGUAGAAUCCUCACAAGCAAAGCCCUGAUCACUGAUGAGGCAAGUUUUACAGAGCGUCUUAAAGAAGGAGCAAGCAGUGGAGACGUGGAGAGGCUUAGGGAGAGAAUUCUAGAGCUUAGAAUCUGGAUAGCUAAAGGCUUGGCUACCGAUGGUGGGACAAAGGAUGAAGGUUUUAACUCCUUAGUUGGAGGCAUCAUGGCAUUUUCUAUACUGAUCAGUGCAGAAGUCUACAAUCAUAACCCUGGUGUCUGGUAUUUGGAUGGCACUAUAGGGAUUCUCAUUGGAAUGAUCAUUCUUGCAUAUGGAAUAAAGCUUUUGAUUGACACAGUGCCACGAAUAAAACAAACUCAUAAUUAUGAGAGCUUCGAAUGAUAGACCUGAUGAAAAUAUGCAGUGAUGGCUCAGUUCUACAGGAAUGAAGAUUGCAAGACCUGGAAAGAAUCACUAACCAAGACUACAAUAUGACUGGAAAAAAUACUGCUGUUGCUCUAUAUCCCAAUUUUUGACCCAACAAAUCAUGUCCCUAAUGACUAAACACAAAUGAUGCUGAAUAUGGUGGACUCCAUAAUUUAUGAGACUGAAGAUGAUGGAGCUCUUUGCUAUUUGUUAUAUAUUCAGCGGCAAAGAGGUAAUGUGAGCAUAUUUUAGAUCUUAAAAGGGUAGGUUUCAACCAGCAGAUGGCUCACCAGAAAAACGUGCCAACCAGUGGCCCGAUUCUGCCAGUUGAGGCCUGGUCAUUUUUGAGGGCUAAAUCUCACUAACCAAAACAGGUAGCUUGUUGGCUCUGGAUCAGACUGGAGGGGUUGAGCCCAGGCCCUUGUGAAGCCCAAAGAAGUACUCCUCCUUAUGGCCCAAAAUGUUAAACUUAACUUUUAGUUGCUUCUUUUAUUGUACUGCCCACUAAAACUGUCAGUGUGUACAUUUUGUAUGUUCCACCCAGUUGUCAGUCAAUUACAUUUGGCAUCCUAUAUUCAUCAAUUUGCACAUUAAUAGGGUUACUGCUUGAAAUGACCAGUGUUUCAACUGCCUAGAAGCCUCCUUUAGGGAUGGCAGCAGCCAAUGCUAGUGUGAAUGGGGUAGUAAGCCAUUUUCAAGCUGCUGCUUCCCCAUUUACACUGGUGGCUCACAGUUAAAAUCUACCCCAUAAAGUUUACUAUGUAUCCUAGGCAAUCAAAUGAAAAAGGGAUCAAAAUUCAACAUGGAGUUGUUAGAAUUUCACAUCACCGAUUUCAUACAUCAUGGGCAAGAUUUUCCACUAUUGGGAGUGGCGAUGCACUGAAUGUAUGCUGCUGCCACACUUCGGGACCCUGAGAAAGUUCUGACAUGUGCAUAUGCACUGCAAAAACCCAGCCAGUUUAAACUUCUGAUGGGCAGAUUUGUGCUGCCCGUGAUCCUCCAUGAACAUUUCUUACUGUCGGAGACUAGGUCUAGAUAUGGGCUUCUUACCCAGAUACUUAUCCUAGAAUUGUUACAUAUUUAAUCUCUGGUGUAACUCAGUGAUUAACAGCACAACCCAGCCCACACCACAAACAACCCCCAAGCACACCCCCAACCUGACUAAACACCCUCUGAUCCAACUACAUAUCCCCACCUAACUACCCACCCCUUAUACCUGACUACCCACACCCCCGCUGACCCACUACAUGACCCCCUGACCUGACUACCCACCGCCACCCCCAGACACCCACCAAACUGUCUACCCACCUCCCCGAACCCCUCUCCCACACUGCCAGUCACCCCGGACCUAACAAGCCCUCCAACUGUCUGCACCCCCCAAUCCAAAUACCCACUCCCAUCCGCCACUCACUAACCCCGCUGAAAGACCAGAGAUCUUUAAAAACUUCCCUGAAUUCAGCUGCGAAUGUCUUUAAAAAGGUGGAUUGUUCUCUCUGCUGCUUCUCUUCACCUGUAUCUCCCAUGGAUGGCUGCAGCCAGGAUCAGGAGACCAGGGCAGAAGGGUGCAGAAAGCACAGAAUGAUCUCCGCAGUCAGCAGCAAUGCAUGCAACAUCGCCGCUGAUCGGAAGAUCUGGCCUCAUAUUUUAAGCAAUUUUCUUUAAUGCAUUAGUAGGCAUGAUUAAAGUAAUUCUAUUAUGUA